GAUCACAACAAGUGAAUGCGUAAAUUGCGUUAUACACAUUGUAUGUAAGCUUUCUUUGGAGGUGUCGCCUUCCACUUUACACCAAACUGCCCAAGUCAACUUUCUUCAAUCACACACUCUCACACUAACUCUAUUCCCAAUUCUCUUCAUUUUCUAGGGUUUCAAUUUUCAAUUUUCAAUCUGAGAUCGAUUAAAUUCGAUUCCGAUUCAUAAAUGGCGUCUUCCAGCGCAGCAGCAGCAGAAGCUCCUGGAUCUGCUGAUUCCACUGCUCCAAGAAGAAACACAAAACGACCCAAGUAUUCAAAGUUUACUCAGCAAGAACUUCCAGCUUGCAAGCCUAUUCUUACGCCUCGAGCGGUUAUUUCGGCAUUCUUGCUUGUCAGUGUUGUGUUCAUUCCUAUCGGAGUUGCUUCGCUAAUGGCUUCAAGAAAGGUUGUUGAAAUUGUUUAUGGGUAUGAGUCAGACUGCUUACCGGAUGGCACUAAAGACGAGAUAGCAUACAUUCAGAGUCCUGAAACAGAUAAAACGUGCAACAUAACACUGAAUGUGACCAAGCACAUGAAAUCACCUAUUUAUGUAUACUAUCAGCUUGACAACUUUUACCAGAAUCAUCGCCGGUAUGUUAAAAGUCGAAGUGAUGAGCAAUUGAGGAGUCGUAAGGGAGAGAACUCAGUAAGUGCUUGUAAGCCUGAAGAUACUGCAAAUAAUAGGUCAAUUGUACCUUGUGGUCUCAUAGCUUGGAGUUUAUUCAAUGACACAUACAGCUUCUCCGUCAACAAUACAAAUUUGACGGUGAACAAGAAAGACAUUUCCUGGAAGAGUGAUAGGGAGCACAAAUUUGGAAAAGAUGUUUUCCCCAAAAACUUCCAGAAUGGUUCUAUAAUAGGUGGCGCACAACUUAAUGAAUCGAUACCAUUGAAUGAGCAGGAGGAUCUUAUUGUCUGGAUGAGAACCGCUGCCUUGCCCACUUUUAGGAAGUUAUAUGGAAAAAUAGAGGUGGAUUUGAAUCAAGGUGACCUCAUAGAUGUAACACUUAAAAAUAACUAUAACACUUACAGUUUCAAUGGCAAGAAAAAGCUCGUACUGUCAACUACUAGCUGGCUUGGUGGGAAGAAUGAUUUCCUUGGCAUUGCUUAUCUCACCGUUGGAGGAUUAUGCUUCUUUUUGUCGUUGGCUUUUACCAUUGUAUAUUUUGUCAAGCCAAGGCAACUUGGAGAUCCAUCAUAUUUGUCAUGGAAUAGGAACCAAGGAGGCCACUAAACAAAAAUACAUAUCGUGCUAUGUUUGUUAUUUCCAAUUUUCAAUAUCACAAGGCUUGGUUAUUCUAUAGUGGCAGGUUUAGCUUUUGUACAUCUACUUAACUACUUACUGGUAACACUUGUGUAUUUUAGGUGUUUUACCACCCUAAAAAAAAACAAUUACUUUUCUUUCUUUUUGCAUUAUGCAUCAGAAUUAAAAUAUACUGUAUGUUCUAAUAUAUAAGUACCAGUGCCAUGAGUCCCAUCUUGUGGAGUAUCUGAAACAAAUACUCCCUCUCUCCAUGUGUAUACUCAAUCAUUCCAUAAAAACUAUCAUAACAAA